AUGAUAAAGGCUAUACUCGUCUUCAACAACCACGGCAAACCUCGACUGACCAAAUUCUACCAGCAUUUCCCAGAAGAUGUCCAGCAUCAGAUCAUCAGAGAAACAUUUCACCUGGUCUCCAAGAGAGAUGACAGUGUUUGUAACUUUCUGGAGGGAGGAACGUUGAUUGGUGGAUCAGACUACAGGCUGAUAUACCGGCACUACGCCACCUUGUACUUUGUGUUUUGUGUAGACUCGUCUGAAAGUGAGUUGGGCAUUCUGGACCUUAUUCAGUCUGUCUGUGAGAGUCCUACAAUCUGGAGUCUGGCUGUGAAAGUACAUUACAUCCUGUCUGAACUAGUCAUGGGAGGCAUGGUGCUGGAGACUAACAUGACGGAGAUCAUCACCCGAAUCGAGGAACAGAAUCAACUGGAGAAACAAGAG